UUCGAAACAUAAUCCAUGCAGCGUUUAGUCCAUUCCUAAUGAUGCAAUGGGAUGAGACUAAGACAGAGGCGAUCAUUCAUCUCAUUUUUUUUUCCUCCUCGCCUGCUUAGCUCUUCAUGGUCUUUCCGGCUCGUGAUUUAAAUUUUCCCCUCUUCUUUGAGUCCAGCUGAUCAGUGGCUUCGGGGAAAACUCACUGCCAUAUCCAUCGAUGGCUCUACGCUUUACAUCUUCCACCUGCCGCUGCACACCCACCCAACACCUGCACCACCACCACCACCACCACAUCUCGGGUAAAUGUGAUAACACCCACACACUACGUGGAACACAUACUACCGCAAUACAAGACACACAAAACCACUUAACACAACAAUACCAUACUGAGGGUAAAUACGUGGUGUCUCCCUUAUACACCAGAUACUUAUAUGCUACUGUACGUCGUCAGUACAAAGGAAAACACACAAAGAUAAAUGCGAUAUAAAGGAAGAGACGUUUUUGACAUCAGUGUGAAGCCUCAGCCGCUGGAGUCGUACGGCUGGCAGCGGCGCGGCGGCAGCGAGGGGUCGGGAGAGAGACCCUCCGUCAGUCCGUCUGUAGCCAGUGUGUCAUGCGAGUGGGGAAGCCGUGACCUUUGACCUUUAAGUGGUGACGUCAUCAUUUGGGAUUCUAACAGGUGUCCUACGGAUUAGUGGCUUCGGGCGCGCGGGCUAAUGAAGGGGCAGCCUCCGAGGGACCAAGAGCGCUGGGCGUGUUCCUUCAUAUAGUUCCUCGCCUUCAGGAGUCCGGCGGCGUCGCACUCCCGUCCUCCGCCCCCCGUACUUCCUCACAAGGCAAUCCUCGAGUGUCUGGCCUUGGCGGAGAGUGAAGUUACGCUGAACUCAUUAUUUUGUGAUUUCUCGAUUCCGUUGAUAAGUGUCACCUGAACUGCGGCAUUCACUUGCCACGUUAAUCUUAUAUCGGUAAUGGAAUCUGAAGAAUUGCUCUUGUACUCUGUCGGAACCUCCGCGGCUCCCUCAAGGAUUCCCCGGCUCUAAAAGAUGAGUAGCACCACUUUAAGCACUUUGAGAAUGAUGGUGUAAAGGCCGGGGAUAAGGUAGGAAUGGAGGUGAGUCGUGAAGGCAGUGAGAGUUAAAGGUGCACGGGAACGCAGAUGUAUGCUCGGCCAGUUCCCGAGCUCCCCCGCACACUACCUUCCUCUCCACCUGACCUUAACUGACCUGAAAUGACCUGGAGACGACCCAAGGUGUUCCUUCCAGUCAAUAAGAUUAUGCUCAACUGGAAACUACCCCAACUGGUCUCUUCGCUGUCAUGAGGCGUCUUCUCGUCCUCCUCUUCUCCACGUUUAUACUCUUAUCCACUGCUUCUGCUGCUUCUGCUGUUGGAGGCAGAGGUGGAGGACGAAGGCACCCUGACGACCACCAGAAUGGGUCACAAAGGUCAAACACGCCACCGGAAAGAGAGAGACGUCCGGGGACCCACGCAGCCCCGUCACCCGACACCGGCCUGGCACCCCCAUCCCACGCGGCGCUGAAGAUCUCCGAGCACAGCGGCCUGCCCACCACCGUCGAUUCCUCCUCUGCGACCAUCCACCUCAACACCCGCCUCUUCCAGACAGUGAGGAAGGAAAUCACCACUACGAUCUCGUUACCUACAGUCUUCAGCCCGGCAAGCGACGCACUUCUUCAGGAAAAGGAUCACAAUACCCUAAGCAAGCCACAUGCCCCGACGUCGCCUGCCACCUCCACUGCCCCCGCCCCGAAGAACACCACGCCCCCCGUGUAUCGCCUCGGGGCGGUGUUCGAGCCGGAGCAUAUCCAGAGCCUUUCUUCAGUUUUCUUUCAGUCGCUGCAAGAACAAAAUCGCCUUCUCGGUGGCCUCUUCCGCUUGGAGGGAGUUGCCAUAGAGACCCCCAUGCUCACCCUCAGCUCCCUCAAAGGUACCUGCGAGACGUUGCAACGCGAGAACGUGUCCGUCGGUCUGGCGGUGGGUGUGACCCAGAGCAUCUACGCUUCUGGCACUCUGGCAUCCCUGGCCGGGGUGUCCCUCAUCGCCAGGACCAUCAAGGGCUACAGGGACGACACUCUCAAGGUAAGUGACGCUCAUAAAGUACAGUCUUCCGCACUUCAUUCCGUAUCAUGCGAUUUUUUUUUCCACUGUAUUUCAGAUAAGCAACACACAAGAAUAAAGUCGUUUGGCGUGCAGCAAAAUCCACAUUACUGUAAUAUGGAACAGGCUUAAGAAACCAACGAAUCUAACAAUAUAUUCGUACCGAGCCAAAUAUAGGUGCAUUCAUCGUUUGGUUAUCACCUUGACAUACAUCGAAAAUUCAAAUUUACAAGGUGCAGACAACAUUUGCAAAGGAUGAGAAACAAAAAUCAUCACCCAAACGACGAAGCAGGAAGGACGAGACGGUAAUGAAAAUGAAAACGUUGAGCUGUUUGUGGGUAGGAGACGGAGGCAGAAAGGGUAGAGGUGAGGCGCCGGCGGGUGCCAGACUGACGCCGUGCCUGGGGACGGUAACUCCGCGCAUAACACACGUCGGCUUUCGAAAAUCUGGCUUAACACGCUUUGCUGUCAAUGAAAAAAAAAAAAUAUAUUAAGACAAUGAUUUGCAAUACUUUCCUAUAGCUACACAGAGAAUUCAAUGUACAGUCGAGGAGAAAGUUCAACCUGCGUGCCAAUAAGUAAUAAUAGAAUGAAGUCAUUCACGAAAAGCAGCAACACCCUUUGUCUAGCUAUGCCAAAGUAAUUUCAGACACACACUUAAGUAAUACAAUACUUCACCGUACACAUGUGUCCUCGGAAAAUUCAGCUUUAAAGGAAUCUCUCCAUAAGGGCCAUUCACAAGGGGCAGAUAGGCAGGCAGACAGACAAACAGACAAACAGGCUGAUAGACGGACAGACCAGACGGACGGGAUGUGAUGCAGACACCAUAAUGAAGGAUGUUGCUCCAGGAAAACACACAUUCGGCGGAGACAAAUGAAAGGACCAAAAUAGUUUCUCUCAUUCUGCUGUUUGAAGCAUCGUAAGGUUAAUUGUUUGUUCCCGCGACAUCAGAUGCGUUCUACGGUUUCUUUCAUAACGAGGCAUUAGUUUUAAACGAGCAUGGUUAACUUUGUUGACAUUUCAUUACUGGACACACGCCCCCCCCAACUCCCUCACUUCCC